GCAAGCGAAACCAGGGAAUACACGGAAUUGCGUCGCAACAGCAUUCUACACAAGAGAGAACUUGACUCCCCUGACAGAGAGCACCAAAGAUGGCGGACCAACUGCAAAAGUUCAUUGCCGAGAAGAAGGACCUGGUGGAUGCCGUGAUGGACAUGUUUGAGAAAGGCGCAGAGGUGUUGGCCAGCAUCACUGGGGAACUCUUCCCCAUCUUCUCUGUCGUGGCCCCCGUGGUGCGGCUGGCCAUGGACAACGUGGAGAGCAAGGAGGCAGAGUACAUGAAGAAGCAGUUCCAGAAGGUUCGAGAGCGGCUGGAGGUCGUCUCCGAGGAGAUCCGCCAAGUCGAACCAGGAGAUCAGGAAGAGCGGGGCGGACGUCACCUACUUUUCCGCGGAGGAGAACCUGAGCAAAUUAGUUCUGCAAGUUCAUGGACGUCCUCAAUGCAACCCACAUUUUAAACAUUAUUUACAUGUAUGCAAAUACAUUUCUUUCAGACAACUCAGGAUGAAAAAAGAAAUAUUUACUGACACACAAAUAAAAUAUCUAAUUCAGACUUAUUGUAACGAUCAAGUACAGACGGAACAAUUCACAAUGAUCAGGAGAUUAUGUAUUCAAAAGAGGAAAACAUGAGGGCAGGACUUCUAUUAAAUUCCUCCUCCUUUCUGUUAGAGUGUGUUGUUUUUCCAGCCACAUAGUCUGUUGUCAAACCACUCAAGACAAAACGUCAACAUCGAGCGGCAAGCGAAACCAGGGAAUACACGGAAUUGCGUUACUACAGCAUUCUACACAAGAGAGAACUUGACUCCCCUGAUAGAGAGCACCAAAGAUGGCGGGCAAACUGCAAAAGUUAAUUGCCGAGAAGAAGGACCAGGUGGAGACCGUGAUGAACAUGUUUGAGAAAGGCACAGAGGUGUUGGCCAGCAACGCUGGGGACCUCUUCCCCAUCUUCUCCAUCGUGGCCCCCGUGGUGCAGCUGGCCAUGGACAAUGUGGAGAGCAAGGAGGCAGAGUUCAUGAAGGAACAGUUCCAGAAGGUUCAGAAUCAGCUGGAGGUCUCCGAGGAGAUCCGCCAAGUCGACCAGGAGAUCAAGAACAGCAGGGUGGACGCCGCCUACCUUUACGCGGAGAGGAACCUGAGCAAUCAGUUCCGCAAGUUCAUGGACAUCCUCAACGCCAAGCCCAAGUUCCGGGAGGUCAAGAAGAAGCUGUUUCUGGAGCAAUUCUCCAGAAAUGGAGGUGACAAGAACCUGCACACCCUGUAUGAUGCUGUGAUGGGGGGGAAAUCCUCUGGGGAGUCAGUGCUGGAGAUCACCCUCAACUAUCACGAAAAGAGCCGGCGGGUCAUGGAGGACUUCUGCGCCCGUCUGAAGAACCUCUUCUGCAUCGGGCUCAUCGCCCUGGUGGGCCAGGCGGCUCUGAAGGGGGCCGGCGAGGAAGAGGAUGUCCUGAAGGACUGGGGGGAGAGGAUGAAGGAGGUCCAGGGGAAGAUGGAUGCCGUCAUCCAGGACUGCAUCAACAGUUACCCACAGCAGGCCCAGAUAGACACCCGGAAGCUGGUGAGUGAUGAUGAAGGGGCGAAGACUAGCAAAGAGCUGGCCGACUCCAUCUUGGAGGCCCUGGGGCGCAAGUAUGACUGGGUGCGCUGGUCGGUGCGGGUGUACUUGCCACCUUCAGGCAUGUUUAGCAAUAAGAAAGACUAUAACUGUGCAGUUGGGAAGAGCCAGUUCCAGGUGCAGGAGUCAGAGGGGAAGCUGGCGGUGGCGGUGUCCUACAGCGCCUCUCCCGAGCCCCUGGACAAGCCCGAGAUCCAGCAACGGCUGGCGGGGCAGAAGAAACAGACGCCGAAAGAGGUGGCGCAGAUGCUGUUCGAGCAGGUGCCCAUCUGUUCCAUCCAUGUGAUCUCCACGGACGCCAAGGACCUGGCCUUCGCCUGUAACUUCGCCGAUGAGCUCCACUUUUGGGAGGUGCACAAGAAGCUACAUGUCUGUGUGCACUCUGCCUAAGGCUGAGGCCCAUGGUGGGCCAUGUGUACGCUGGUUUUUAUGCCAGCCUCAGCUCUUGAUGAUAUAACUUGUUCAAUUAUUUGCUAAAUUCGGUCUUGUAAUUCUUUAUAUUCUGUGCUUUAAUGCUGUUAAAUGCAAAUGGUUUGAUGAGUAAUUGGAAUCAAUUAAGGCAGCAUGGGAGCUUGGGAGUGGAUGUCCUCUUUUGGUUGUCAGCUGUAAAAUCUUCAAACAAUCUUUAAAGUCUUUUGCCCAAAUGGACAGAGGGGCUAGAUCUGGAAGUAGAGCGAAAAGAUAGACCACUAGCACUCUCGGUUGUUAUCAAUACUGCAAGGCUAGUGUGGCAUGCCUAAAUUCUGGAAAACACGCUAUUUUAUAAUUGGCAGCUGCAUAAAUCACUGGCUGUGUUUUAUGUGUGUGUGUGUGUGAGAGAGAGAGAGAGAUCCACUGAAAAAGUCGAAUUGUCUGUACCUUUUUUUCUUUACAGCUGCAAAUCAUUCCUCAUCUAUUCCACUUUCAGUAUAAUACCAUUUUUUGAAUGAUUACGCCAUGUGUAUGGUGAAAUUAGCAUAAUUAUUUCCCAUUUCUAUCUUUGGAGUUGAUUUUCUCAAAACCUGAUUUUGGACGAUAUUAGGACUCAUCAUGAAACCUUGCAAGCCUUUACUCCAUAUCCAGGAGAGUAUUUUGAGCCAAUUAUUUUCUUGUUAUAAGCUUUAAGGGCAGGUACAGCAUCACAAAUUCAACACAAUCUUCUUAUUUCAGAUUAUAGAUUAUAUAAAAAAAUGUUUGAAUUUGUAAUUUUGAAUAAAGUAGUGUCACGCCCGGCUUUGCCAUGCUGGGUCUGCCUCACUCUACCCUCGCUUCACA